AUGUUUUACUUAAGUCGAGCUGUUGUGAACAUGGAUCUCUAUAUGAAAGUAUUAUGCAACUCGUCAGACAUAUACUUAGUGCAAUCUUCGUCGAUAGCUAUUUAUACAAUUAAGCAUGGAAAGCUAAUAUAUGUAAGGAAGACAGAAUUUUUUGAUGUGAUCAAGUCGGCAGUCAUUAUUGGAAACGAGCUUCUUGUAGUCUUCAACGGAUACAUUGUAUUUCUGGACAGAUUUCUUGAUGAAAGGACCCGGUACAGACUUGGAAGAAGCUCCGUAGACUAUAGACACGUUGGAGCAUACAUUGCAUGUGGAAAAUCCAGUAUCUGUCUUACAUCUUUUUUUGGGAACAUGACUUUCUGUACCCUUGGAAGUGGCUUGGAGAGUCCUAUCGAAUACUCUGCUGACAAGAGUGUAAUUAUCGACUUCAAGAGCGUGGAAGGGACAGGACAGUACAUUUCAUUAGAAAAGAACCCAAAGGGAACAUUUGCCAAGAUUUAUGAGCAUAGUCCGGAAAUUAUAGAAGUAUUAAGGGAAAUAAGUGUUCCUGGAGGAUACAUGAUUGUUCCAUUAAAAGAUAGAUUUGCAGUAUUUUCAACGAAUAGGGUAUUCCUUUUUAGAAGAAAUGAAGAAGUUGAAAUCUAUAAGGUUUCGAAAGGACGAGUUGGAAGCUUAGACUUGGCCCUUGAUGAGGGAAAUGGAGAAUGCAGAUGCUCAGAUACUUUGGAAGAGAAGAUGUUUACAUGUUAUACGUCAUAUUGUGAUGAAAAAUGUUUGUUGACGUUGAUUGUGGAUGAAGAUGGAGAGCUUUUCAAUCUUAAUACCACCUAUGGUCUAAAGAUGGAACAUGUAGGAAAGAUCAAUCCUUCAAAGGAUAUAGCAAUCCAUUCUUCUGGACUCUUAGUUUCAAUAGGCUAUAAUUCCGAUAACUGUAUAUAUUAUAUAGAGAGAAAAGAGGGGAAAAUUAGUCUUAAGCUGGUUGCCAUGAUUGAGACGAUAAGAAGAUUCAAUACUUCUACAAUGGUUUUCGAUGGAGUAUAUCAUACCUAUGUCUCUGAUGGAAAGUACAUAGGAGAGAUAGUUGAGAAAACACCUAUUUCUUUUCGGAGCGAAUUGAACCUUUUUGAAAAUGGGAAGGAAAAGAUAGUAAGAGGUUUGUUCAAUUGUGGAGCGUUUGUAUGUGCCCAAUACGAAGAUGAAGUCCAUUGCCUCUACUUAGAAGGAGAAGAGUUAACAAGUAUAUAUAAGUUUGUGUCUGAUGACGAGAUAAUUGGAUAUUUCAGGUUGGGAAGGAUUGACUUUUACAUGUCUGGAGGGUUAGUUAGGGCAUACGAGAUGAAUGGGGAAGGAGAGUUAGACACAAAGGAAUAUAAAAUCGAUUACACCUCAUUUUCAUCAAACUCUCAUUGUAUAUUUCUUGGACAGAGAAAUAAAAUAAUCAAGCUAGGAUCUGAGGGGCUAGAAACUAUUGAAAUAGAGUUUGCUAUCAAAGAAAUGGAAUCUGACGAGAGAUAUUUAUUCAUACUGACUGGAAAAAGAGUCCUUAGAGUAUACAGUAUAGAUGGUAGGAAAUUUGUAUUUAUCCAGUCGUUCCGUUUUGAUGUGAUAUUUCUGUCGGUGUUUGAUGGAUACCUAUAUACGAUCGGAUCGGAUAUAUAUAAGUUUCAAAUAAAAGAGGAUGGAUCUCUCUCUCUUCCUAUAAGAAUGAAAGAGGCAGGAAGGCCCAUAGGGAAGAAGGAAAGAUUGAUAAUAUUUGAUUCGCAAGUUAUGGAUCUAAAGUACGAAGGAAUUUUAAACAUUGAUGGAUGGAAGAGUAUCUUUUCAAGAGAUAUGAUAUUGGCUUCAAAUGAGCAUGGGAUAAAAGUUUAUGAGUACAGGAAACAUAAAGUAGUCCUUGUCGAUGAGAUUAGCAAAGAAAAAGAUUGUAAAAUUUUGGGUAAGGAGCAGAUGUAUAUCGAUAACAACCUAGAUGGAUUUGUAAUAAGAAGAUUUAACGGAUCUUCCGUAAUAGAAGGACAUGGCGAGGCCAUUGGAUUUUCCUCUUCUGAAUACCAAAUUGUUUCCAUGCGCAGGAUCAUACCAGGUCUUGAAAAACCCGAAAGUAAAUGCUUCUUAAAGAUAUACAAAGAAGGAAGUUUCAUGUACGAUUUUGAAACACCUUACAGGAUUGAUAUAACUUACACAAGCAGAGGAGAAGUUUAUUGUAGUGAGGAAAACAGACUUUAUUGCUAUGAAGUAGGAGUGAAGUCAUUGCUCAGAAAGUUUAAGUUAAAGUUUCCAUCAAAAAUAAGCGGAAUAUGCUCUGACAGGGACAAACUAUUUGUCGGAACAGAAAAGGACUCUGUAUUCAUGGUAAAGGACAGAAGAAUUGUUUGUAGAGAUAAGUUUCCAAGACGAGUGGUAGCCUUGGAGAGAAUGAAUGAUGGGAAUUUAGUGGUUGGAGAUUGGGCAGGAAAUAUAAUUGUCAUGGAGGUUAAGGACGAUUCCUUAAUCUCGGGAGCAUCAAUAUUCGUCAAUGACAUGGUUGUUCAAUUUAUUUCUCAGGACAAAGUCUUUGGAAUAUGCAUGAGCGGAAAAGUAGUCGAGAUAGUGGAGAUUGGAGAGGAGUUGUUUGAGUUUCUUGAGACUAUCGGGGAGAAGAUAACUGAGGCCUUAAAUAGGCCAUUUUUUCAGGCUUUUAGGAGAAAUAGAUUUAUCAACUCGGAGUACAUCAAAGAGUUCAGUAAACUGAGUGAGCAGCAAAUCAAGGAAGUACUGGAAAAAACGAAUGUAGAUAUCGAAAAGAUAUUUGAAGUGGUUAAUGCAAUAUAA